CGUACCGUCUCUCCGCCGCCGCCUCCUUCCGUACUCCAACUGCGUGGGCCGGCGCCCCCGCGUACACACUUCGCUCCGCAAAGUCCCUGCCCGGCCGGGUCCCGCGCUACGCAAAUCGCGUACGCCCAGACCACCCACCUGUGGCAACGCUACAACUGCCCUCCCCUCCUCGCAGCCGCUGAGGCCCGGGAGCCUACUGGGGAAGGCCGCCAGGGACGUGUGGCCCGGGGCCGCGCUCCAUGUGCUGCCGCUCCUGAGGACAAGCGUGAAGGGGUCGGACGCCUCGCCUCGCCUCACCACCUCGCCUCGGCGCAGGGGACGCCUGCCCUGAGGUACCUCCGCCAACCCCGCGGACCCCUCGCCUCACACCAGCGGCGGUCCGCAGCCACCGGUACCUUUCCGACACCGGGUUCCUGAGGAGACGCCGAGCGGCAGCGGACGAUCGAGCGGCGGUUUGUGAGUAGCGGCGUAAAAGGAGGCGCGAGGUUGCUGCAGCGUCUCCAUUGCCAGCUGCCACGGUGGUCCUGCUCACACCAGUGAGGAGGACCUCGGCCGCGGAGCGACAAGCGGCAGCCGAAACUCGGUUCAGUACUUCGGGCCUCUGAAGAACCGGGAUUGAAGGCAACUUUUAACUGUCUCUGUGGUGUUGUAAAGAAGCGCGAAGGGGACCCAGGUGUGUGUGUUGGUGUUUACAAGCGGUACAGGAUAGGUAAAAAGAAGAUGUCGGGUCGUCGUGUCGCUGCGGCGUGUGAUAGACGGCAGCUACCACGGGGCAUGGGUAGCAUGGCAUCGCCGCUCCUUGACCCGCGUCCACUUCGGCUGCCGUUUCUCGAGGCUGACAGUCGCCUCCAAUCGAUCUGCGGGCGCUCGAUGCAGCAGCCUUCGCGGAGGAGCAUUCUGCGGUCCCGGCCGCCGCCGCCGCCUCCUCCCCUGCCGCCGCCGCCGAUCGAUGCGCUCAGGGCUCCGGUCGCCAUUUUAGGGGGAGAGCGAGGGAGGCAGAAGGAAGGGUCGGCCCCUCCGAGGCAUUCCUUGCUCACAAUGUAUAGAACGAAAGUCAGUUUGAAAGACCGCCAGCAACUUUAUAAACUGAUAAUUAGUCAGCUGCUAUAUGAUGGAUACAUAAAUAUUGCCAAUGGCCUGAUAAAUGAGAUAAAACCACAGUCAGUCUGUGCACCGUCUGAACAACUGCUGCACCUAAUUAAGUUAGGAAUGGAGAACGAUGACAGUGCUGUUCAAUAUGCAAUUGGACGGUCAGAUACGGUAGCUCCAGGCACAGGAAUUGACUUGGAAUUUGAUGCAGAUGUACAGACCAUGUCUCCUGAGGCUUCCGAAUAUGAGACUUGUUAUGUCACAUCUCAUAAAGGACCAUGUCGCGUAGCGACGUAUAGCAGAGACGGACAGUUAAUAGCUACAGGAUCUGCUGAUGCCUCAAUAAAAAUUCUUGAUACAGAGAGAAUGUUGGCCAAAAGUGCUAUGCCUAUUGAGGUCAUGAUGAAUGAGACAGCACAGCAAAACAUGGAAAAUCACCCUGUUAUUCGGACUCUGUAUGAUCAUGUGGAUGAAGUUACGUGUUUAGCUUUUCAUCCAACAGAACAGAUCCUAGCAUCUGGUUCAAGGGACUACACACUUAAAUUGUUUGAUUAUUCAAAACCUUCUGCCAAAAGAGCCUUCAAAUAUAUCCAGGAAGCAGAGAUGUUGCGCUCAAUUUCUUUUCACCCUUCUGGAGAUUUCAUACUUGUUGGCACCCAGCACCCUACUUUACGACUGUACGAUAUCAAUACUUUCCAGUGUUUUGUGUCUUGCAAUCCUCAAGAUCAGCACACUGAUGCUAUAUGUUCGGUAAAUUACAACGCAAGCGCAAACAUGUAUGUGACGGGAAGCAAGGACGGAUGCAUCAAACUGUGGGAUGGUGUUUCAAAUCGCUGUAUUACUACUUUUGAGAAGGCACAUGAUGGAGCUGAAGUCUGUUCUGCUAUUUUUUCCAAAAAUUCAAAGUAUAUCUUGUCAAGUGGAAAAGACUCUGUAGCUAAACUGUGGGAGAUAUCCACCGGUCGCACGCUGGUCAAAUACACAGGAGCUGGUCUGAGCGGACGGCAAGUACACAGGACGCAAGCUGUCUUCAACCACACAGAAGACUAUGUGCUGCUUCCAGAUGAAAGGACCAUAAGCCUCUGCUGCUGGGAUUCAAGAACUGCUGAACGGAGAAACCUUCUUUCUCUGGGGCACAACAGCAUUGUCCGCUGCAUUGUCCAUUCCCCAACCAAUCCUGGCUUCAUGACCUGCAGCGACGACUACCGGGCUAGGUUUUGGUACAGAAGGUCAACGACGGACUGAGGACAGCUUUAUGAAACAGUGAUUAUCCAGAUUCAUUGUAUCAUCGUGUAUUGAUUGUACUGCCAACAGAUGCCUAGAUGAAAGCCGUGCUGUGUCUGGUUUUUAAUUCUGUCAAAUACGGCAGAAAAUAUCAAAAUACUGACACUUCAGUUUUGCCCCACGCUAAUGUUUUUUUAUUAGCGUGUGUGGUGUUAGUUUUCAGAAGUCAUCUCUAAUUGUACUCCAGGAGUGUGUGGGGAAGAAUAAAGUGAUCCUUGCAGGAAGGAUUAAACUUGUUCUCCUGUCUUUCUAAAUCCCACAAAAGAUAAUGUGACUGUAUCUUGCUCAAACUGGGCAGUGUGAGCCAGUUUUGCUCUGCAUUGUAUCUGUUUAAAGAGUGGAUUAGACAAGUAGCAGCAGAGCUUGGCAAAUAUUUUAAUGAAGCCUUAAGCUGCCUUCAGUUCCGAUUCAUUCUUUGUAAAGCUCUGGUUUGUAUCUUUUAGUCUGGGGUUUUUUGGUUUUGGUGGAUUUAUUUUUCUUUUUAAUUGGCCAAGCGAACCUUCCGUUCUGAGCCAGCCUUGUGCCAUGAGCAUCUGAAACAGGAUUUUAAAUUGUUCAGAUGAAUUCAAGAAAUGGUGUUCUAGUUCUGGUAUUAAAGCUCAGACUUGAAAUCUCAGCUUCUGUUGAAUUUAUCUUACCAAGUGGGACCUCGAAGUAAAUUGAUAGUUUUUUCAAGGAGUAGCCACGUUGCAACUGUAAAAUGCGGCAGUGCUGCAGCAUGCGAAAAUGAGAAUAAUUUUGCCGUAGAGACUUCUAGUAUCUUGUCAAAGGAAUGGUUGUGCAUAUUAAUUUUUGUAUAUGUACCCCAGAAAUGUCACUUUGCCGUUUUUUACUGAGGAAUUCUCAUUCUGUAAGUCUGUUACACAGCACUUGAAUUAACAUUCUUUUUUUAUUAUUAUUCAAAAACCCAGACUCACUGUUUCCUCUCCCUGCCCAAGAUGCCUCCCCCAGUAGUCCGAGUUUCCCAUCCCGUUCAACAGAAGUACAGACCAUUAAGAAACUCUGUGCUUAAGCCUUCUGUAAGUUUGAAAGCUCACUACUUAUUUUUACAGCUGGUCGCCUGGUUUUGAACGUGUUCGUUGAGGCGCCCUUGUACAGUGCUCGGGGGGCUCCCUCCGGCCAAAAGCGCAGCACUUGCGUCCGUGAGGAUUUUCAAAUGUGAGAUUGUUCUUACCGCUGGACUCAGUUGCCGUUACCGCCGAUGAAGUGUCCUGUCAAGGGCUGACGAGGGUACAGGUUUUGUCUGUAUUUAAAUAAAGAUUGCCUUUGGAAAAGUUA